ACGCAGCCACUAGCUCGCCGCCAGCAGAGCUGUGCUGUCCCAGGCAUCCCAGAGCACUGCGACCGUAGACCUGGGACCUCGAACCCUAGACGAACGUGCGCGAGCCAGCCACUAGGAACGCUUGCAGUUCCGCAGGGAGCGCUGUGACUGUCCUUGAGCGCGGAGGGGCGAGCUCACCGGCGGAGCGACCCAGCAAGAGGAGGCGCAGGAGCGGCGGCGCCCGAGCACCCGAGGGGGUCCGAGUCCAGGCAGCCGGCCAGACACGCGCCACAAAGGGAGCGCCUCCGCCACCAGGCACGCCGCCUCCCUCCCCAAUGUCCUCGGCCAUCGAAAGGAAGAGCUUAGACCCGUCUGAGGAACCGGUGGAUGAGGUGCUGCAGAUACCCCCGUCCCUGCUGACAUGUGGUGGCUGCCAGCAGAACAUAGGGGACCGCUACUUCCUGAAAGCCAUCGACCAAUACUGGCAUGAGGAUUGCCUCAGCUGUGACCUCUGUGGGUGCCGACUGGGAGAAGUGGGGCGACGCCUCUACUACAAGCUGGGACGGAAGUUGUGCAGAAGAGACUACCUCAGGCUUUUUGGCCAAGACGGUCUCUGCGCUUCCUGCGACAAGCGGAUCCGUGCCUAUGAGAUGACCAUGCGCGUGAAAGACAAAGUGUAUCACCUGGAGUGCUUCAAGUGUGCUGCCUGCCAGAAGCACUUCUGUGUCGGCGACAGAUACCUCCUCAUCAACUCCGACAUCGUGUGUGAACAGGACAUCUACGAGUGGACUAAGAUCAAUGGGAUGAUCUAGGCAGAGUCCCCGGCCCCUUCGGGGAGGUGUUCGGUGAGAACACUGUCUCUGUUGGGUUCAUUUUUAGGCACUUUGGGAACCUGAGGGUGGGCGAGGCAUGACUUAGGAGACUGAACUCUCCUUGGGCACCAAGACAUAGCAUCCACAUGACAUAAUGCAAAGGCCACGGCUUCAGUGACAAAAGGACCAGCCCUUAGAGAGAAUUUGUGGUCACAGGCUAUCCGUAGUAACUGACAAGAUUAGUGGAGGAAACGUUUGGGGACCAGCAUGCACUGCGCCAUCAUGAUAGAAUUGCCCAGCUAGGCAGUGUUGGGUAAAGACUAUGUGUGACCAUGGCAUUUAUGGAGUAGAGAUGUGCAAUUAAUUUCUUCCUGGCUUUGGAACUACGCUAUUCUAGCCGCCAUCCUUCACACGAGAGAAGGAAAGAGAGAAGAGCAGGCAUUCUUUUUUCCUGGUCACCUUCCCAUGGCCUAAAGCUUUGGAGCCAGGGGAAACUGCAUGGAAAUACAUUUCUGUUGGGAAUGAAACACACACCUUUCAAUCAAACAAAUAGUUAAAGCAAAGCUGAUGAAUCACUGUUUUUAGACACCUUCCUUUUGAGGUGAGGCACCCCCACAGAUUGUUUCUAUACAAAUGUAAAUCUUAAGAAGUCAAAGUUGUCAACUAUUUUAUUAUCUUAGAUUAUAUCAAAGUAUUUGUUGUGUGUCAUUAAAAAAAAACUUGAUUCUGAAGACUUAAUAAAAAUGACAAGCUAAAAUA